ACCCGUACAGUGGCAGAGCGAGGCCCAAGCAAGGGCGGAAGGCGAAGAGGGAGAUGGAGAAGGCGAGGGCGAUCCUGUCGGUCGGAGAAGAAGAAUCGGAGCGGGUGGCGCGGCUGGACGUCCGCCCCCACCGCGCCGGACACGCGGCAAGCUUCUACGAGGGCUUCGCCACGCGAGGGUUACGGGUCGACUGCAUCCGCCCUGGCUUCAUCUCCUGCACCUUCAAAGUCCCCCCUCGUCUCACCGAUGCUGGAGGGAAUCUGUCGCCGGGAGCCAUCGCGAACCUGGUGGAUGAGGUGGCCGCGGCUGUCAUCCAUUCCGAAGGUCACCACAUGAAGAUCUCCGUCGACAUGUCCAUCUCGUACAUGUGCGCUGCCAAGGUCGAUGAUGAACUAGAGAUCAUAUCGAAGGUUUUGGGGCAUAAAGGUGGCUACUCAGGAACGUAUGUGUUACUCAAGAACAAAGCAACGGGAGAGGUUGUUGCCGAGGGCAGGCAUUCGUUGUUCGGUAAACUUGUAAGCAAAAUCUAAGUAGCCCGUGAUUAGAUUAUGCAACUUGUUUUUUUAGAUUAUUACAUCAAAUGACGACGUAUAUGAUGCUCGUAGUGGACUCGAUAAUACAGUAAUCAAGUCGUAGUGUAUAUUUCCGCUACUUUUCAUGUAUUUGUGAUACAUUUUGGAUGUAAUAUACACAAAAAGAAGUUCUUUUC